AGGGAGAUGUACGUCAAAUGUGGGCCGUUACAGAUCGGCAGUAACCUACAACUACUAAAGGAAAAAUAAGGUGUGUUACAUCGGGAGAGAAGCAGCUGACCAGCGUUACCCUGGGGCUACAACCCUACACAAACUGCCUCUAUGCCGAACUAUGAGUUGUACUACGAGCAGCUGAGUGUGGAGCACGGGGCCAGCGAGGAGACCAUCAAGAAGGCUUAUAAGAAGUUGGCUCUGAAGUUCCAUCCGGAUAAGAAUCAAGGAGAUGAUGAGGCGACCAAGAAGUUUUUGGAGAUCGGUACCGCUUAUGAGAAGCUGAUAAAGAUGCUGCAUGGGGAUGAGUCAGGGGAUGAGGAUGACAUGUGGGAGCCAGACGAGAAAGAGGCAGAGUUGGAGAUGUUGAGAAGAGAGUUGGAGAGGGAAAGGAAAAAAGAGAAACGCAGGAAGGAACAGGAAAGGUGGGAGGAAGAUUUCAAGAUGGAACAACUCAAGAAACGUAUGGCUAGAGAACGCCAGGAGCGAGAAGAUGAAUUCCGGCUAAAGGAAGAGCAAAUCAGACGGGAGAGAACUAACAGGGAACAGUCGAUGAGGAAAAGAAACGAUAGACUAUCUUUUCUGCGGAGAUCAAACACCUCAACCGGUUUAUUCAGUUCGUCCACGUAUACCUCCCCGAACAUAACAUAUUCCUCCUUCUCAUCAUAUUCCAGUGACAGUCUAUCUCCAACCAGUUCUUAUUCCUACUCGGCUAACUUAGCUUCUAAGUGGGCUGAUGUCGGACCCAAUCAGGAGACGGACGAUAAAGGAAAAACGGAAAACGGGAAAAAUGGUGAUGCAACGAGCGAGACGAGCGAUGAUAAGGACAGCGAGAGCUCCUUGCCUUUUACAAGCUACAAUUCAAAUCAUACAACGUCAGAAGAAUUCUCUAAUAGUACCAAGAAGAAAUAUGAAGCAGAAGAGCCUGUCUCAUUCACUGGAAUUUAUAAAAGGGCAACACCAGUAACAUCAGACGACUACAUCAGCUCCACAAACACUGAGACUCAUUAUAAAAGAUCUUCAAAUCUGGGGGGAGAACGUAUAUCUACCAAAUACUUUCCAAAUGUUCCGACUCCACCAGAAAAUUUGCAAUCUGAAUCACCCUCUUAUGUACCCUUCACAAGUAAUCGAAAAAGCACAUACGGGACCACCGAUUACACCAGCUCUAAAGAUACAUAUUCGGAAAACCACAACUCCAGGGAUUCACCUUCACCAGGAUCGUCGCACAAAUCCUUUGAAUCUUCCCCAUUGUCUUCGUACUCUGGCAGCCACACUCCUGAGCGGCAGUAUGGUUCUAGGAGAGGUUCCGAGUAUGACUCGGCUAAAUCAGCCGAGCCUCCACUUGCUACCAGUGGUAGAAAACCAUAUGAGUUCUCUUCUUUUUCCAACUAUUUGAACAGUGAUUCUGAUCUACAGUACGGAGGAUCGAGAGGUACGUCUCCUAUUUUUGCUUCCCAUAGAUCUGAUCAUAUGUCACCACCUCCACCAACGAACAACUCCUCACGUUCAACUGAUGAUCUCCUCUCAAAUGAUAAGUUCUACAGUAGAAGCAGAGCAUCCUCAGAGGACCGAACAAAUGAGGAAUAUGGUCAAUCAAGAGAAUCGUGGACAAAAAGUCUGCCCAGACGCAAAUCAAGCCGUAUGGAGGAGCAAAUAGAGUGGGAAAAACAGUUUUAUCGUGAGAGGGAGAGAAAGAACAGAGUGAGAGAAGAAGAUGAACGGCGGGAGGAGGAGAGGUUGAAAAUGGAAUUGAAGAGUCAAGAAAUCUUGCAAAACCAGAAAGCAAUGAAGAAGAAAAGAUGGGAAGACAGCUUUGCCACAAACUUUACGAAACCAGCAUAUGACGAUCACCAUAGUACUGGGUUUGUCGAGUAUAAGCAGUAUAAUUUUCGACCCUCAAGCGUUGAAAGUGUCACACCAGAAGAUGUAUCCCAUGAUACAACUUCCAGUUAUACUUCCAGAUACAAUAAUGAUAAAUCACCUUCAUAUGUUAAACAAUUCCGGAGUGUUCAUAGUCAGACAUCAGCUUCGAGUGCUCGGGCGACUCCUGAAGGUGGUUGAAAGAAGUGAGGGUCGACGGAGUUAGUUGACUCUGGUUAGGGUAGUUUUAAUCACAAUCGUUAGUUCAUGGUUGUUUAAAGUGACCUCUAACAUAUUGGAUUUGUGAUUUUAUUAACUUUAAAUUCAAGAAAGGUUUUUAUUCGUGAAGAUCUACAUUUGGUGAAAAGAAUCAGACAUUUUUGUGAACUUUGAGUUUUGAAUAGGUAAGAAUUGUUUUUUGUUUUUUGAAAACUUUUGUAUUUUUCUGUAGUUUUAAAAUGUAAAUAUGUUUCAAGCUUUUCUUAAAAUUCUUGCAAUUUAAGUUACUUUUUAAGACACGUUUCCAAGGGGUUGAUAGCUACAAAAGUGAUGAACCAGGACAUAGCUAAGAACAGUAAACAUGUGCAAGUUUUAUUUUAACGGGUGAUACUCUUAAAAUAUUUGUUCCAUAUAGGACCGUCGACGAGUCCAACUCGGCGCGCGUCCUGGUAGGUUGUAAACCUACAAGUUUUAUUUACUAUACGUGGCACUUAGUGAACACUCGAGACUAUUUUAACUCAGAAUUAUUGCUAGGUAUAUAGUAUAUACUAUAUAACUACGCCUGGUAAACACUUCAUACACUUUUUAUGACUUCAACUACUUAGAAAUUAUCGCCGUGCCACGAGUAAUUUUUCCGACUGAAUUUCCAUUUAAGGUGUUAAACAUUCGUUAACGUAAGAAAUAUAUUUUACACAUC